UGUGCGCAUGCUCCGGGGGGCGCUCUCAGUGCACAAUGGAGGUGGAUGUACAUAGACACGAAUGGCGGGGCACAUAGGAAGUCCUAUCGUUGUCGAUCAGCAAUUACCUUGAUAUAAAGGAUCCACGAAGGUACAGGCCAUCAGUGGUAGUGACACCGUCCCCCACAUGGGGUUAGGGAGACGGACUGGCAAGUUCCGGCGGAGUUCAGCAACUGAACGGUGUCAGUGCUGCAGUCUUCCUUCUGCCCCAGGUUGUCCUCUGCAGUUUUUUACGUCUUUGUCCUGAAGCACAGAGAAGACGCACCGUCCGGUCAGAAGACAAAUGACAGGGAAAAUGUCAGAGGUCAAGAUGGCACAGCGCAAGGAGAAGUGUGAAAACUGCACCAAACAGUGCAACAAGAAACAGGGUGAAGACGGCGCCAACUGGGGCCUUGAGAAUCAGGAAGUCCAUGGGCAGUUAAACAAAGGACCCCAGUUGCUGCUGAGUGCCUGUCUCUCCUGUGAUGGCUGCCUCUCUGAGGAAGACACCUUGAAGAUUUCUCAGCAGAAUCUGGAGGAGGUGGAGCGGGUUCUGGCCCUCAAUAAGAAAUGUGACACUUCGAAGCACAAGGUGGUGGUAGCGUCAGUGUGUCCGCAGUCACUGCCUUUCUUCGCCGUCCAGUUUGGUCUGGAUAUCACUGAAGCGGCCCACAAGCUCUGCAGCUUCCUCAAGAGUCUCGGGGUAAAGUUUGUGUUUGAUACCACUGUGGCAGCAGGCUUCAGCAUCUUAGAGACCCAGAAGGAGUUUAUUCAGAGGUAUCGCAGGAGGCACCACGACUCUCACGCCUUGCCCAUGUUCACCUCUUCCUGCCCAGGCUGGAUCCGCUAUGCAGAACGUGUCCUGGGCAGCCUGGUCACUCCUCAUAUCUGUACAGCCCGAUCUCCCCAGCAGAUCAUGGGCUGUCUGGUGAAAGAUUAUUUCUCUAAACAGCAGAAGCUGAGUCCAGAGAAGGUUUAUCACAUGGUGGUGGCUCCAUGCUUUGAUAAGAAGCUGGAGGCUGUCAGAGAGGAGUUUUACAACAGUGUAAUGGACACUAGAGAUGUUGACUGUGUCCUCACCUCAAAGGAGAUCUAUCACCUGAUGGAGAAGAGAAAAAUAUCAUGGGAGGAUCUGGACUCUGUUUUGCUGGAUCAAGUGCUGGGAGAAGGCGGGGAUGAGGUGCUGAUGAGGCACGAUGGGAGAGGCUCUGAAGGAUUCCUGGAACAUGUAUUCAAACACACAGCUAAAGAGCUUUUUGGUCUGGAUGUGCAGGAAAUCACAUACAAAACCCUCAGGAAUCGUGACUUCCAAGAAGUCACUCUGGAGCGGGAUGGGGAAACACUGCUGCAGUUUGCUGCCAUCUAUGGUUUCCGGAACAUUCAGACCUUGGUGCACCGGAUGAGAAAGGGCCGUGUGCCUUACCAGCUGGUGGAGGUGCUGUCCUGCCCUGGAGGGUGCCUGAGUGGCCGAGGUCAGGCAGAGAGUGAGACGGGAGGUCGGGUCGAUAAAGCCCUGGUUCAGCAGAUGGAGGAGGUCUACGGUAGCCUGCCGGUCCGCCUACCAGAACUGAGCCCCAUCUUGAACACUCUGUAUCAAGACUGGCUACAGGGCCAGGAGUCACCACAGGCCAGCAAGCUUUUGCAUACAGAGUUCAGAGGCCAGAGUCAGAUCCACACACAGCCUCCCCACAUGGAGUGGUGAGAAAACUGGGAAGGUCUGGUUCUACCCAGUUGAGCCUGUCUGCAAUUCUGAACCGGUGAACAGCAAGCUGUGGAUCAUGCAGCAAAAAAGAUCAGCAAGGUCUCUACAGGUCAUGUAUCCAUUUAACCAUAGGGGGGCGCUGUCUCCUUUAAUAAACAGUAGACCUCUGUUAAACCUUAAGCUAGGAAGAUGUAAAAAAUCCAGAGUCUACUACAACAAACACUUUCCUUUCCGGCUCACUGAAGAGUAGCGUCAGCAUGUCAGGAUCAAAGCUAACAAAUAAAUCCAUGCUACCACUGUUCUGGUAAAUAGGAACAUCUGAAGUGGGGAAUUGUAUCUGUGUCCACGGUAAAAAGUUGAAAUAUGGAACUCGCAAACAGGUGGAUCCAAAGUGGAAAUGCGAGGUGUUUUAAUAUAUUCCAGAUUUAUCUUUCUAGUAUUGAAUCGCAAUUUUAUUUUGUGUUCAAGCUCUUUGCUCUGUUCCUGUCAUGAGGACGCGACGAACUGUGUCCAACACAAAGCUAACUAUGCAACAGCAUCUUGUCUCUACAGAUACAGUGAACAGAUGGGUUAGAGUAUGAGAAGUAGUUGUUUUAAGUGGUCAUGUUUUUAUUCAUAUCCUCUGUUUCUUCCAAUUCCAUAGUCAAGCAUUUUUUAUUAAGUUAUAUAUUUGUGUUCAUUUUCAAAGAUCAAGUAUACUUGUGACAUGUAAAGAACUAAAAUAUUCUCCAAACAAA